ACCGGAAGCGGCGGAAGCGGCGGCAGCAGCAUGGCGCGGCGCGGGUCCCUCUCCGACUCGGAGUCUGGCUCGGAGGACUCCUCUCUCUCCGACUCGGAGCUGCAGGAGGCCUUCUCCAAGGGCUUGCUGAAGCCGGGGCUCAACGUGGUGCUGGAGGAGCAGCCGAAACGGCGCAACGACACGGAUGGGCUGAAGCUGUGCCUGUCCGAAUUCAAACAGCAGCUGGCUUGGGUGGAAAGGCUGGAUGUGACUUUGCCCCAGGUCCCCGAUCCCGUCUCCCAGAGCGCUUCUAGCAAAGAUGCUGUCGAUCCUGAGAACGAUUUCCAGAGAGAGAUGAGCUUUUACCGGCAGGCUCAGGCGGCGGUGCUGGAAGCCCUACCCAGGUUGCGUAAGCUCCAAGUUCCUACUCGAAGGCCAGAUGAUUAUUUUGCAGAGAUGGCCAAAUCAGACCAACAGAUGCAGAAGAUUCGACAGAAACUUAAGAGUAAACAGGAAGCAAUGGAGAGGUCUGAGAAAGCAAAACAGCUCCGUGCAAUGAGAAAAUACGGCAAGAAGGUGCAAACUGAAAUUCUGCAGAGGAGGCAGAAGGAGAAAAAAAAUAUGUUGAAUGCAGUCAAGAAAUACCAGAAAGGUCUCUCUGACAAGCUGGAUUUUCUAGAUGAAGAGCAGACGUCGUCUCAGGGCAAUAAAAAAGGCAGUGCAAAUCAACGGAUAAAGAAAGGACCAAAUGCCAAAAGACGAUACAAGAAUCAGAAGUUUGGUUUUGGUGGGAAGAAGAAGGGUUCAAAGUGGAACACAAAGGAGAGUUUUAAUGACGUAUCCAGCUUCAGGCCAAAAGUGGCUCACAAUAAAGGCCCAGGAAAAGCAGGAAAAGGAGGAAAAAAAGCCCUCAAUAAGAGACCUGGAAAGAGAGCAAGGCAGAAAAUGAAGAACCGAGCACGAUAAGAGAACUGUGUUCCCCAGUGGGGUUCCUGUGUGUCUGUGUGUUGCAAGAUACGCUGUUGCUGUCAUCCAGCAGCUAACUGGAGCAAGCUGGAUGCUUCCAAGCGGCAAGAAAAGAAGUCAGUGGAAACUAGUGCCUUAUGACUAAUUUCUUGUCAUCUGUUUUGUUGAAGGGUUGUUUUCUACUUAAACCUUUGGUGUGUGAACACAUUAAAUGGUUUGCACAGAACUGUGUCUAAUUCAUGUUUGCUUGUGUUACGAAUGGUGGCUGAAGCCUACGCUUUGUUCCCUUCAUUCUGACAGCUUUUUCCACAGCUACUGGUGACAUGUACCAUGGUGAACUUGAGUUCUGGGUCACGUUGCUGGUGUCAGAAUAAGAAAUCUGAAGCCUGUCAAGAUGUUAGUGUUUUUUAGACUAUUUCUGUAAAUGGAUUUGGAAACAGCAGUGAGACAAAUGCAGCAAUCUUAGAAAUGGGUUUAUUUCUAUAACUAUUGUCAGGCUGCAAAUCUGGACAGACUGAGGUUAUCUCUUCCCUUUUCUUGCCAUCUUCCCUUGCCAGAAAUCUACCAGACUCACCUAACAACAAGCAAAGCCCAACAUAUUAUGUGUCAUUAACUACUUUUAUUUAAGUUGUGUGGCUUUGCCACUCUACUACUGCAGGUUCUCCAACUGCUCCUCCCCAUGCUCCAUGGCAGCUGUUUAUUUAGUGAUCUCAGUUUUCUGGCGUGGGAAGUAGAAUCUGCGAUCACUACGGUCGAUCUGAAUCUGUGAAAGAAAAAUGAUGAACAGUCAUGUGCUUUUACUAGAAUUAGUAGUAGUAGUCUCUCCUGAGAAGAGUGAUGCAUGGUGCUCUUGCUAUUGAGAAAUGUCCAAAUGACAAAUGAGUAGGGUACCUCUUGUUUGAGAAUGUUUGCUGCUUCAUUACAGUAGAACCUGGAGAAAAAGGAAAACUUGACAUAUGAAACAGCAUCAUAAGUCCUGACUUCAAAAAUUUAACUCACUUCCCUACAUGCAAAUUUAGUUACCUUUUUCCUGCCAGCCUAAUCCUGCCAGCAGUAUCUAACAGUGUAAAGCCCUGCUGGGCUGUCUGUCUCUAGCCUUGUCGUGAAGUGUAAUAGGAAAAGUUGCAGAAGACGAUCAUAUUUUCUUAUUUAUCUUAGUUUUCUUUGUAACAUGCCAAAUUUAAUCAGGCCCUCAUUUGCCUUUCUCGAAACAUUAUUCUGUGAAGUCAGUCAUUGUCACAGCUAUUUGUUUGUGAGAUGUGAUUGAUGUCUCAGCUUGUUAAUAACAUUUCUUUUCCUCCUGUUUAUUCAUGCUUUCCCAAAUGAAUCCUCACUGGUGUAUUCUGCCUCGGGUUUACUUAGCUAAUUAUUAAUUUUAUGGUUCUGCUUGCAAUUUGUUUGAAAGAUACUGUACAGCAGCACACUUCUUUUCACAGUACUUAAGUAUGUCACUUCACAUUGCUCACUACGCCAUUUCUCAUGGCUGAAUGCUUUAAUAAACAGCCGUGAAUACAUGUGUGGUAUUUGGCAA